AUGAAUUUUAAUUUUAAGAACUGUUUUAUAGAACUCCCGUCAUUCUCCAAGUCGGCGUUCCGUCCACCAGAAGAUUGUUCCAUGUGCUUGGGUGUCGAUGACGUGGUCCGCUUGGCAAACAUCACGGCUGAGGAGUUUGAAGACAAGUAUGCGUACAGCACCACACCAGUCAUCGUCACUGACGCUACUGAAGGAUGGAGAGCUUUGAAGGAAUUCGACUUCAAUUUCUUUGCAAACUUCUACAGCGAGAAAAAAAUGGGGAAACAAAUCAACGACUGUUUUUACUUCGCGUACAAGUCUGGUCUGAAGUCGUUACAAGAAGUGUUUAAUAUGGACGAGGCGAGGGCUAAUCUAUCAGGCCAGCCCUGGUAUGUUGGAUGA